UGUCUUCUUUUUUGAUCAUCUCGCAUGUCGUUGUGGUUGUGAAGAACAUAGAACAGUCAGCAGCAUAAGCUACCCCACACCCGAUCUGUCCGUCCCGCCUGCCUGAACCAACUGACGUAUCGUCACAAGUCAACAGCAUAACCUAAACAAAACUGCUCGACAACCCAACCAGUGGUCUAUCCUAUCUAAUUUUCGUCUGGUAGGAGCUUCUGCUCCUAUCUAUCGCCAUCAUGAAUCAGUCUCCCAUGCUCUCGUGUCCGCUCAAGCAGACCAACGAGAUUGACUGGGUCCAGCCACUCAAGGAUUAUAUCCGGAGCGCCUACGGUGACGACCCAGACCGAUACCAGGAAGAAUGCGCCACGCUAAAUCGAUUGCGCCAGGAUAUGAGAGGAGCUGGAAAGGAUAGCGCAUCGGGGAGAGACUUGCUAUAUCGAUACUAUGGACAGCUAGAGCUGCUGGAUCUUCGGUUCCCGGUGGAUGAGAAUCAUAUCAAAAUCUCGUUUACUUGGUAUGAUGCUUUUACACAAAAGCCAACGUCCCAGUAUUCUUUGGCAUUCGAAAAAGCGUCUAUAUUAUUUAACAUCUCCGCCGUCCUUUCCUGCCACGCUGCGAAUCAGAAUCGAGCCGAUGACAGCGGAUUGAAGACGGCGUUCCACUCCUUCCAAGCGUCGGCUGGCAUGUUCACGUAUAUCAAUGAGAACUUUCUUCACGCACCUUCAACGGACUUGAGUCGAUCUACGGUCAAGGCUCUUAUCAACAUCAUGCUGGCGCAGGCACAGGAGGUAUUUUUGGAGAAGCAAAUUGCAGACGCCAAGAAGCCGGCUUCUCUUGCCAAAGUCGCCAGUCAGUCCGCGUGGCUAUACUCUCAGGCCGCCGAGACGGUGCAGGAAUAUGUCGGAAAGGGAUUUUUCGAAAAAGUAUGGUCGAUUGUCAUACAGGCCAAGGCAUCACAUAUGGCUUCGAUUGCGAGUUUCCAUCAAGCCCAUGCUGAUUCAGAGAGCGGAUCAUACGGAGUUGCUGUUGCGAGAUUACGUCUAGCGGAGAAAUUAUCUGCAGCAGCGGUAACGUGGGCCAAGUCAUUCCCUUCGUCCGUGCCUGCGAAUUCCAACUUGCUCUCGGAAGACGGGGCUAGUUUGAUGGAGGUGAUAAAGAGACAUCAAGCUGUUGUUCAGGAGGAGGUUGCUACAUUGAUACGAGAUAAUGAUUUUAUUUACCAUCAACCGGUACCUAAUGAAGCAGGCUUGUCGGCUAUUGCGAAACUGGCCGUGGCCAAGGCUAUCCCCGUGAGUGAGCUGUAUCAAGGACAAGAUAUCCAGCGAAUUAUUGGUCCGGAUAUUUUUCAGAAGCUAGUACCAAUGUCUGUCACCGAGUCUGCCAGUUUAUACGAUGAAGAAAAAGCCAAAUUAAUUCGAGCAGAAACGGAGAGGGUUGAGACGGCCAACGGAGAGAUGGUAGCCGGUUUAGACUAUUUGAAACUGCCCGGCAGCUUAAAUAUACUGAAGGGAGGCAUAGACCAGGAAGUCACAGUUGAUGAGGAAUUCCGCAGGUGGUGCGAAGAGAUGGCAGAUCAUCCGGGGUUCCACAAAACACUGGACGAAUUACAAGACAGCAAAGCUAGUAUUAUCGAUUCACUAAGUCAAUGCACGAGGCAGCUGGACAUGGAGGAAAGUGUAUGCGAGAAGAUGCGAUCAAAAUAUGGAGCGGACUGGACUCAACAACCUAGUUCUCGUCUUACAGCGACACUUCGCGGGGAGAUUAGGAGUUUACGAGACACGAUUAACGAGGCCGGGGCAAGUGAUACCCAGUUGAAUGCGACAUUGAAACAAUAUGAAGUGGAUUUCGAUGAAAUGCGGUCAGCGGGGGAGACGGGCGAAGCCGAUGUUUUGUAUCAGCGAGCGAUGAUUAAAGCGGGCGCAAAACAAAAAAUGUCUCGAAACGGACAGGCGAGUCCAUACUCACCUGGUGGUGAGGGGUCCUUGCUCGAUGAUGUAGAUGAUGAAGGCAAAUUAUCGGUUGCGGAGCAGAUUGCAAAGGUGGAGGAAUUACUGAAGAAGUUGAAUCUCGUCAAACGUGAGCGUGCGCAGGUUUUGAAGGAUUUGAAAGAGAAGGUCCAUGAAGAUGAUAUAUCGAAUGUACUCAUCCUCAACAAGAAGUCUCUGGGAAAUGGACAGGAACAGCAGUUAUUCCAAGCAGAAUUGGAAAAGUUUAGACCAUAUCAGAACCGGAUUAUCAAAUCAAAUCACACACAGGGGUCAUUGAUGAAAGAACUUACAAGGACGUACGGUGAUCUUUUGCAGGAUAAACGAGUUCGAUCUGAGCAGUCCAAGUACGAGACCAUAACUCGACAGCGAAAUACGGUCAUGGCACGAUACAAGAAAAUCUACACUGCAUUCCGCGAUUUGGUCUCUGGAGUCUCGCAAGCAACCAAGUUUUAUGGAGAAAUGCAAGAUACUGUAGAGAACCUGCGGAAAAACGUCGACACAUUCGUCAACAACCGUCGCUCAGAAGGAGCACAGUUACUCAGCCAGAUCGAGCAGGACAGGAACAACAAUGCUUCAGGACAAGAGGAUCGAGAACGAGAGAAACUGAGACAAUUGAUGGAGCGAUUAUCGACCGAACCAACACCUGCUCCAAGGAACACAUCACCAACCAAACAAUCCCGACCCCAACCUCCGGUUAAGGUCAGUAGCAGCAGCGGCACAAAUUCAUCGUCAUCACCACACUAUCCCCAAGCAACACCUGUGGCACCUCCACCAUCCCAGUCACCAGCGCCAAAUCCAUAUGGUCCAUACGCCCCAAAUACAAUGGCGGGGUACUACGGAGCAACACCGAUAUCAGCCUUUCAGCAGGGAGCUGCUACACCUCUUUCAAGUAGUUACAACCCAAUGGCAUAUCCAUACCAGACACCAGUCUCCCCACCUCCCAACCAAUCCACUUUAUACUAUCACCAACAACACCCACACCCGGGAACAUCAACAACACCAGUACCUUUACCCGGCGUAUAUCCAGGAUACCCAUCAGCGGGUGGUCCUGCUCCCCCUCCACCGUCACAUACACCUCAAUUCAUUCCGCCUGGUUAUAUACCCCCUCCACCACCACCACGACCAGCAGAAACUCAAUACCCUCCUUCGACGGGGGGAGCAUAUCCUUCUGGUCCAGGAGGGUAUGCGCAAAGUCGACCUCCUUAUGUUUCACAUCAACCACAACAACAUCAACAUAAAGGAUCGCAGUCACAAACAUCACCUAAUAAUGAUCCGUGGGCGGGGUUGAACUCUUGGAAAUGAUCUUCUUCUCAACUUUUUUUAAUCAAGAGCAUGCCCUUUCUUUCCCUUCAGUCAAGUUGCGUCUGGUUUUCUUAGAAUAGUUUGAAUAUCUAUUUUAGUCCUGUCAUCUGAGAAUCCUACUUCGUAACUUCCUUUAUGUA